ACAAGGCAACCGGUAGAAACGCUCUCACACACAAGUCAUAAUGACCGAGGCGGGGAAUCAAGUCUGUGGACGCGAGAGAUGGUGACGCGACGGCCGGGCUGAAGGAACACAAAACUAACACGACGGUGCACGGACAGUCGCAGAGGGAAAGAAAGAUGUUGUUUGGAAUAAAAAGUGGCGUCGCUCGUACCUCCGUUUCCGCGACAGAAAGCAUCGGAGGAGAGUUUAGAUCGUACUCAGUCAGCGGCAGAGUUUCAAUGAAAAGUCCAGAACCUGUCACACGGCUGAGUCACAGAGUCUCACUGUAAACAAUAACAUAGUUUUACAGAUAGAUAUAAAGGUUGGCUUGAUUUAUUAACACUACGCCGAGGGUCCAUGUGAACGUACCGCUGCUGCAUUUAUUCUCCGUUGAUAGCUGCAUUUAGACCAACUUGCACAGGAUGCAGGUGAAAAAACACAGGAGCCCCGAGGACUCUCAGCAGGAUGACACAAAGAAAAAGCCGUCAUGCUUUUCGAAUAUUAAGAUAUUUUUAUUGGCGGAAUGUGCCCUGAUGUUGGCACAGGGUACAGUGGGGGCAUACUUGGUGAGUGUGCUGACCACACUGGAGCGGCGUUUCAAUCUUCAGAGUGCUGAUGUGGGUGUGAUUGCCAGCAGCUUUGAGAUCGGCAACCUGGCCCUCAUUCUGUUUGUUAGUUAUUUUGGUGCCAAAGCCCACCGUCCACGAUUAAUUGGCUGUGGAGGCAUCAUCAUGGCUUUAGGAGCCCUGCUGUCCGCUUUACCUGAAUUCCUUGCCAGUCAGUACAAGAUCGCAGAUUCCUGGAGCAGGGAUCAGAGCCGGGAAGUGUGCUUCAACACUUCAAAAGUUGAUGAACUGUGUGGGACUAGAGCCAACACCAAUAUGAUGUACCUGCUUCUGAUUGGAGCACAGGUUCUACUGGGUAUAGGGGCCACUCCCGUGCAGCCCCUGGGUGUUUCCUACAUAGAUGAUCAUGUACGGAAAAAAGACUCCUCUCUCUAUAUAGGUAUACUGUUUUCCACUCUGGUAUUUGGACCUGCUUGUGGUUUUAUCCUGGGCUCUGUCUGCACCAAUGUUUAUGUGGACGCUUUAUUCAUUGAUACAACUAAGCUGGACAUCUACCCUGAUGACCCUCGAUGGAUCGGCGCAUGGUGGGGUGGCUUCCUCCUCUGCGGUGUCUUACUCUUCUUCUCCGCCCUCUUCAUGUUUGGCUUCCCCCAGUCUCUGCCAGGCCGGGAGGUGGAGGGAGGGGUUGAGAGUGAACAGGCCAUGCUGCCUCCUUCUUUAGCUCAAGAUAAUGAGAAAUCCAAGUCAAGCAAUGGAGUCCUGCAGAAUUACCAGCCCAACAGUAACAGCCUGUCCUGCUGCCAACAGCUCAGAGUUAUUCCCAAGGUGACUAAGCAUCUGCUGUCAAACCCGGUGUUCACAUGUAUUAUCUUAGCUGCCUGCAUGGAGAUUGCUGUUGUUGCUGGCUUUGCUGCCUUUCUGGGAAAAUAUCUGGAGCAACAGUUCAACCUCACCACCACCUCUGCUAACCAGCUGUUGGGGAUGACAGCUAUUCCAUGUGCCUGUCUGGGUAUAUUUUUGGGUGGUUUUCUGGUGAAGAAACUGAACCUGUCUGCUCUGGGAGCGAUCCGUAUGGCCAUGCUGGUCAAUUUGAUCUCCACUGCCUGUUACGUGUCUUUCCUCUUCCUGGGCUGUGACACAGGACCUGUCGCUGGGGUGACCGUCGCCUAUGGCAACGAGACACUUCAAGUAGGCCAGACACCGGAAGCCCCCUGCAUGAGUCAUUGUAACUGCUACACUUCAUCUGUUAGCCCCGUUUGUGGCUCCAAUGGUGUGACCUACUUGUCCUCCUGUUUCGCUGGCUGCAGAAAUGCCAUCAGCACUGGACAAACAUCUCUCUCACAGAACCUGACAGGCUGUGCGUGCAUCUCUGGAUACCUUGACUUCGCCACAGCUGUGCCAGGCAAAUGUCCUCGCCCCGGCUGCAAAGAGGCCUUCCUCACCUUCCUGUGUGUGAUCUGUGCCUGCAGUAUGAUUGGCGCCAUGGCCCAGACUCCCUCUGUCAUCAUUCUCAUUAGAACUGUGAGCCCAGAACUGAAGUCAUAUGCCCUUGGAGUUCUUUUUCUGCUACUGCGACUGUUAGGAUUUAUUCCCCCUCCUUUGAUAUUUGGUGCGGGAAUCGACUCCACAUGCCUUUUCUGGAGCACCGAGUGCGGGGAGAAAGGUGCCUGCUUGUUGUAUGACAACAUGACCUACCGACACCUGUACAUCAGCAUGACCAUAGUCCUCAAGAUUGUCGCUUUCCUCCUCUACACAACCACCUGGCAAUUUUUGCUCAGAAACUACAAGAAAUACAUUAAAAACAAUGAGGGAUAUGUUACGCCCACUGAAAUGUUCUCGUCCAGCGUGAAUCUGGACACUCUGGGAAAAGACAGCAGUCAAAGCCAAGUCAACAGGACUAAAUUUAUAUACAACCUGGAAGAUCAUGAGUGGUGUGAAAACAUGGAGUCCGUUUUAUAGUGGGGUAGGCCACCCACGUGCUAAUUCAAACGUAAUUCUAUUGAAGGAUCGUCCUUUUGUCUUUAUUCUUUUUAUAAAGAAAAUAUUUUUCUCUUGCUCCAGGGUGUACAGGCCUGUUGCGGCACUCUUAAUUUCAUGCAAACUUAAUUUCAGAUAAGGUGUUCGUCCAGUGCCAGUAAACUGCUGUAGUUGUUCGUUCCAGGAAUCUACACUAAUAGAUUGACUUUGUCACAAACAAAUGUUGCCACAUUUUUUACACAUUCAAAUCAAGUUAAAAAAAAUUAACCAGCUUAAUUCAUCAUCAAGCUCUGAUUUACCCUGGUAAAAUAUGGUCCCCAAAGGUGCUGGUUCAUGCUGUCCAUGCUCUCAAUAUCUCCUGCCAAAUCCGUUAUUAUUAUGGGGAUCAUGUCAAUGUAUAACAUCACGCCAUGGCCAACCAGUUUAUCAGUAGUAGUAACAUAUAAUUCUAUUGCAUACAUAAUGAAAUUCUAUACUAAGUGUGAAAACAAUAUCAGAUAUUUCUCAAAACAUUCUUUUGGUCUGCAUUCAAAGGGGUGUUUGAGAAAUGUUUUCUUUCUAAGUGCUUUUGCAGCAUUUGCUUUCUGCUGUUAAAUUAUAUUCUUUAUUAAGCCCUAAAAUGUCUUAAUUUGUAAAGGUUAUUGAGAUAGAUACUGUAUAUUGUUAUCAUAUUUAUACAUGUGUGCUAUAAUGGGAGAGUAUUUGAAAAAAGCCAGAGAAGUUUUCUCUUUAUAUGUAAGAUAUAUUUGUCAUUAGAUUUUUAGGGAUGGUGUAAACUUUAGUGAACUUUUUUUCUUUUUCUUUUUCUUUUUUUUUUUUUUUUUCAGAAAUAGAGAAUGUUUAAGAAUGGUUUUAUUAAUGAAUAUAAGAAUGCCUCUUUAUCCUGAUGACAGUAAUGAAAGGUAAGGGAGUAGACAAAUGUUCUGACCGAAAACAGAGGAUAUGUAUUGGAAAAAAAGGACUUUUGUAUGAAGUGGCACAAGAACUUUGUCAUUGAUGAGUACUGCUCUCACCUUUUAGCCCCUUGAUUUACAAAUAACAUGACAUUCUGAUUCAGACUGGGCCCUGAUAGUUUUGAGUUGGAAAAAAGCGAAUGAAAUUCGCAGUUAUAAUGUUACAAUAUGUGUAAAUGUGUUUUUCCAUUUAAGAGUCAUUUACCAGUUGAAUUGAAAUUAAAAUAUUUUAUUUCCCUUAUUGUAAUACGAAAUGGCACUUUGGGUCCUUCAACAGAUUUGAUAUAGUGGUGUACUAUAUACAUACUGUAAGGCACUUUGGGAUGAAAAUGGUUUAUGGUGAGUUUAUUUAUUAUUAUUUCAACUUCACAUUAUUUGAAUUUUCUCUCAGAUUUAAUUGCAUAUCAGUCUUGUUUUACAGGCAAAGGUUUUACUGCAGUAAAGUUUUAAGCAAUCUCCUUUUCAUAUCAUAUUUGUAUGGCAAAAUAACUUUUAUUUUAUUCUGCAAAUAAAUAAUUUUUCAGAAAAGCAAUCUCAGAUUUGGCUCAAUGGUUCUAUCUUAACUAAUAUUUUAAAUAAAAUGACACAUUUUUAUUAUUUCAGAGUACUUUUUAAGUUAUAUUAUUAUAGAUUUGUAAAUUAGUUCAAUUUAAGCUCCUACAGUACAUAGCCACUGAGUAAAGUAGUGUUUCUCAGCAUGUGCAGCAAAUAUGCACUGUCCUUUUUACACAGGUAGCAAAAGGCAUAUAAGUAACUAUGAGCCACUAAGGGAAGAAUAAGCAAGAAUUGUCUGUCUCUAGAUGUUCUGUCUGACACAUUGCAACACAUUACUUCAGACAUUAACAUUUUCUGUUUGACAAUUUCAGCAAAGUACUGAGUUCACUCCUUUGAAAGAUUUUGUUUAAAUGUUUCUUUAAAUCAUUUUUCAUACAGUUUUUGAAUAACACAAUAUCAAAAGAGGAUGUAUUAUCCUCUGGAUGUAAAAAGACCCAACUACUUAGGUUAUUUAUAAAAUCUAGGGCAAAAUGCUGAGAGAAAAUUAUUAUAACCCAUUGACUAUUCAUGUGUGUGGUUUCCACUCUAUUGGGAAAAGAGAUUUGAUUCAGGAUGUUCAUAUUGUUUUUCUGUCAUUGCUUGCUUGAAGCAUUAUGGUUAUUGUUUUGCAUUCUUUUGAGCUCCUACAACCAAGAAGCUCAACCAAGGAUAUAUUGAAAGGUAUUCCAAAGGACUGCUUUAUUUGUAGUGGUUAUAAGUUUGAAAAGCACAUCAUGGUCCUAAGAAAAUUAAACUCUGGACCUUCCCCAAAUUCAGAAGCUAUUCAAUACAGCUAUUGGUAGCAAGACAUUCUUUUAAAAUCUGUUCAUAGAUUUCAUAUCACCUCUUUACCAGAAAGGCCAUGUAUUAAAUACGAAAACCUUUGUUUUAUUUAACUGAAUGAACUUUAAAUGUCAGGAUGUUUGGAAUCACACUUGUAAAGAUUUGUGCAGACUUUUGGAACGGAAAUCUAUCCAUCUAUUUGAUUUAUGGGUAUUUAUCUUUUAUCAAUUUUAAACCAUGUCUCUUUAAGUGAGAUGACAAAUAUACUGUGUCUUAAUCUGCCCUGGUUUGUAAGAAGAUUAAA